AUGACCGAUUCAUCGAAGUCGACUGGUGAAGGGACUUCCGGGUCUACAGAGGGAAGUAAGCGUCGGUUCGCGGCCAGUGGCGACAUCAUCGAUCCCUUUGACCCGGAUGAUUCCGAAGUCAAUGUCCACAAGCUGGCGAAAGCUGCUAAGAAGUGGUUCAAUCGUUUUGAAAGGUACGAUUUGACUUGGGAGGAGUGGAAGGCGGCGCUCAAAAAGGCAUUCCCUAGGCGAUACGAUUUUGCUGCCGUCUUGGAAGAGUUGGUUCUGAGGCGUAAAGAACCAACUGAGACCAUGAGUAUUAUCGAGCAAAACUUGAAUUGUGCACAAGAUGCUGCAUACAAGGUGGAGACAUGGAAGAGACGACCCGUCCACAGGCGAAACGUCCUAAGAGGCAAGAGUCUGUUAGACAAUACUGAGGCGGAAGAGAAGAGAGGCUCAUCAGGUGUUACAACUGCCAAAAGUUGGGCAGUCAUGUCAGCCGGGAUUGUCCACUACCCAAGGUGGACAGGUGUAUCAAUUGUGGAGCAGAAGGACAUACAGUGGCAAACUAAGAUAGGCAGUCAGUGCAAAUCCAGGUGGAAUAAUAUACGGGAUAACUUCAAAAAGUCUUGGGGAAAAAGGAAAACAAAAAGUGGACAAGCUGCUAAGAAAUCAAAACCGUAUAGAUUUGAAAACCAGCUACAAUUUUUGCUGGAAUUCAUGGAAGAACGUGAAACGAAGGGAAACAUAGGAUUGCAUCCUGACUCAGAAAACGGAGAAUUUAACGAUGACAAUGAAGAAGAAACUCGACUAACAAACAACAUUGUUUCUCCUCCACAAUCAUCGAACCAGCCAUCAAGCCCACCAUUCGAAGAACAUCCUACAACUAGCAAUGAUAUACCCUCCACCUCUGCAGCUUGCUUUGCCAGACCUACCCCUGUGACUGGUAGGAAGAAAACCCCCCAACAUGAGACAGCAGCUUCUGCACUUAUGAAGUAUGUUAUCGAGAAUAACGAAGGUAAAAAAAAUACACCCACCGUAACUUUAGAUAACCCUAUCGACUGUUUCCUGUUCGGGAUAUCGGCAACUAUGAAAUCUAUGCCUCCUUAUUUACAACAUUUAGCCAAGUCCGAGAUUUUCUCAACAGUUCAAAAGUACGAGCUUCAAAUGCUGCAAAAUCAGCAGGGACAGGAAGUGCAGAGAGUGUAAGAGAAUAUUGGCAGGCUUUUGGUGGAGAACAACCCUGACUCGAUGCUG